AUGACAAAUCUGAUGACUAGAGAUGGAGUAGCUCCAUUUAUCAAGAGUUUAAUAACUAUGCUCGACACCCCUGAAAACAACCAUUUGAUUAGAUGGGGUCGUCUAGGUGAGAGUAUUGUCAUUACCAACUGUGCUGAAUUUGAAACAAAGCUCCUACCAAAGUAUUUCAAGACUGGAAAGUUUUGUAGUUUUAUUAGAUUCUCUUUUAGAUACCAUUGGCUAAUACGUUUAAUUAUUUUUUUUCCUAUCCUUAGACAAUUAAAUAUUUAUGGAUUCCACAAGGUGGAUGAUGAAAAAUCGGCACAGUCUGAAGAGAUUAAUAGCGAUUCUGAGCCACAAGCUAGAUUGUUUGAGUUUGCCAAUGAAUACUUUAAAAAGCAUAACCCCGAGAUUAUGAUUAAUAUCAAGCGUCGUAAGAGCGUGCGUCGUUCCAUCACGGUCAACAACAACAACCCAAACCAAUACAGAACUGUCGGUGCGCCUGCACCAGGCUCUGGCCAACCCAACUACUAUGCAGAGGAUGAGGACGACGAGCACUCGGCCCCAUACUACCCCGUCGUCAACAUCCCCACCUCUUCCUCCACACCACAGACACCAUCGACCGUGUCGAGUAGCGGCCAACCCAGCAGCAGCAAGCCAACUCCACCCUACGUCGACCCCAAUAGCACUGGCUCCACCCCCAUGCAGUCGCCACUACCCGACACCAAGCAAGAGCAGUUUGAUGCGGUCCAACAACUCAUAUUCCAAUUCUCCAAGCAACAAACUGAAUACAAUGACCUCAAGUCGACCAACCAAGUGUUGCAAGAGUCACACACCCAACUUCAAUACGCCUUCCAAAACCUCCAAUCGUCGCAUCAAAACUUGUUGGAUCGUGUCUUAAAGUUGACCAAAGCAAUCUUGGGUCAAACCAUCAUCAACCAACAACAACAACAACCUGCUUCACCACAACAGCAACAACAACAGCAACAACAGCAACAACAACAACAACAACAGUUUGGUGGUGCCAACUCUACACUUCAAAACAAGCAGAAUAAUCUUUUGAAUGAGUUGUCCAACAAUAGCAACAACAGCUCAGCCAACAACUCGGCCAACAAUUCUGCCAACAACUCUAAUAACAUGUUUUUAUCAUUCAUGCCACCACAGCAACAACAAGCUAGAAUCGGAAUCUUCCUCUCACACACGUUUACACAGGUCCUCUCACCAAGUGUUGCAACUGGUCCUGAACGCAACACCAGGUGUCACUGGAACGGCCUCAGCCACUGGUAUUACUGGAACGGUAACUGGUAUCACUGGAAUUGCGACAGAAUCACUGCAUCGCAACAGAUUCACUUAACAGCAUCAGAUCGCAACAGGAUCACUGGAACGGCAACAGGUAUCACUGGAAUUGCAACUGGUAUUACAGGAAGAGCAACAGGAAUCACUGGAACUGCAUCAUCAAAAGGUAUUACUAUAACAACCACGACUGGAGCCAUGACGACAACGUCGACCACUGGCACAAAUCCCCCAAAAAACCCGACUAAUCAAAUUAGUGGACGAGUUGUUGAUACCAAGGGGUAUCCAAUGCAAUGUCAAUUAAUUCCAGAUACCGUCGAACUCUCUACUAUCAUAUUCUACGAUCCUAAUGGAAAUGGAGAAUACAAUUCUUCAAAUGGUGGACCAUCUAAUGUUGUCGCCAAUUUAUACGACACCAACUCGACGGCCAUUCUUCAAACUCGAACAACCAACUCUACUGGGGGUAUUAUGUGGACUGGAUUACUUGAAGGUCAUACAUACUAUGUUAAAGUACCUAAUCGACCAGGAGUUUUAGUGUGGUCGCCAAAAGGAGCAGUCAACACCCAACAGAGUAUCCUAGACGCGAAUGGAACUUCUCCAAACUUCCAACUAACCGGACCAUUCCAAGAACUCGCUGGAUGUAAAAGUUACAAGAGAGCAAUCCAACCAAUUUAUGGAGGACUGAGAUGUCCAUCCCAAAUCAAUGAAACACUUGUUCUCACUGCUUUCAUUGACAACAACAAUGAUAAAAUAAUGCAACCUACAGAGAGUAUGCUCUUGACCAAUCACUCUUUAACAAACAUGACCUUUACUCUAAUAUCUGAAAGUAAUGGUAAAGAAGCAAGAGAUAGCAAUGGAAACCUAUACAGCCAUCUACCAAGCGGUGGAACGGACGAUAGAAAAUACCAACUAAUCAACCAUGUACCAGGAAAGUAUCAUGUCAACAUUACAGGCAGACCAGAGUUCUUUGAGAUUUUAGGAAUUGUCGGGCUCAAAGAACCAAUGUCAACACCGAGUUUUCUUACACAAUAUGGACCUAAUCCACCCGCCAACCCCUCAUCUCAGUGUACCAAUAAUGUAGUCGGAGGAUAUGAUGUCCGACUGUUUGAUUCAUCGAGUCGUAUCACUGGCCUUAUCAACGACACCAAUGGAAACCCCAUUCCCAAUAUCAAGGUCACGCUCACCCCAGUCAAUGUUGGCUACCCUACCAUCUCUGCCACGACUAAUGCAAAAGGAAGGUACACUCUUACCCCUAUUCGACCUGGUACAUAUACCAUGACAAUCUUUUCGGAAAGUUAUCGACACACCAAUUCUGGAUAUCGUCCUAUUGCAGCUGACGUUUCCACAACCAGUCAAUUCAGAAUCUCUCCUGCCACUGACAAGGAUUGGGUUGAGAAUUGGGAUACAAACAAAACUAGAUUUGUAAAUAGCUUAUUCAACUUUAAAAUGGAAAAACUUAUAUUUAAUUGGGCUUGA